AUGAACACCAAACAGAAACAAUACCUCCUCCUCGCCUCAAGCAUCCUCUUGAUCUUCGGUGUUAUCCUGUACCUACGACCAGCAUCCUACACACUCCCUCGAGAAGAAAGUUCAGCCCGGCCUUUGGAUUUCCUUCAAUCGACUAAGGCGGAGAAUUGGACAUGGGAUUAUAAGCGCGAUCGAGAUAAUUUCCUUCUCACCCGGAGCCAGUGCGAUGCUGCGUUUCCGGAUUUGUAUGCGGAGAUCGAGAGGGCAAGAGCGGAUCGGUUGAAUAACCCGAUUACCAUUUCUGAGAUUGAUUCGAUUACGCCGAAGAAUGGGUAUAUCCGGGCUAUGAUUUAUGAUCAGCAGCUCUACAUAAUAUCAAAACAAGGCUCAAUCUGGACUCGCGAACUAGCGACCCUCUCCUCUAUAAACCGCGCCCUAACAACCUCGCCCGAACCCCUGCCCAACAUUGAAUUCGCCUUCAACACAGACGACCGCAUCGAAGAAGUCGCACAAUGGGGCUACGCCCGCCGCGCACAAGAUACCUCCAUCUGGCUAAUCCCAGAUUUCGGAUACUGGUCCUGGCCGGAGAUAAAAGCUGGCUCGACGAAGGAGAUAGCUAUGAAGAUUGAAGAUGACGAAACCACCGCAGGAGAAAAAGGGUGGGCAAAGAAAAAGGGCAAACUCCUCUGGCGCGGUGUCGCGCGCAUGGGUCCCGAAAUUCGUGACAAAUUGUUGCAAGUAACAGCCGGCAAAACCUGGGCAGACGUGAGAGAACUUGGCUGGGGCGAUAAAACCUCCAUGGCGAACGACUACAAAAGCAUGCCGGAACACUGCGGGUACAAAUACGUCGCGCAGACGGAGGGGAAUUCGUAUUCGGGACGACUGAAGUAUCUGCAACUUUGUCGGAGUGUGGUUAUUUCGCACCGGCUGGAUUGGAUUCAGCAUCAUUACCACUUGAUGAAGGAUAGUGGGUCCGAGCGGAAUUUCGUACAGGUUGAGCGAGAUUGGCGGGAUUUGGAGGAGAAGAUGGAGUGGUUACUUAGCCAUGAUGAUGAGGCGGAGAAGAUUGCGGAGAAUAAUGUGCGCACGUUCAGAGAGAGGUAUCUUACGCAGGCGGCGGAGACUUGUUAUUGGAGGAGGUUGAUUUGGGCUUGGAGUGAGGUUGGUGAUUUUGAGCCGGAGUUUUAUAAGGUUGAUGAGAAUGGGGAGAGGGUUUGGAGGGGGUUGAGUUUUGAGAGUUUUCUGUUGAUGCGGAAGAUGGAGUGGCAGACUUAA